UCAUUCAAGCUACGGUAUGCGAAGUCCAACCACUGCGGCACGUUUCUAUAUUAGAAUGUGACUGAUUCACACAGCUACGCUCUUCAGUCUUGUUUGAACAUUCGGACAGUACUCUGCCCGCUUGUUCAAGUGUAGUGAAGAAAAAAUCAUCAUCAUGUAUGUUUGUUCGUUCUUUUUUUACAUUACAUUACUCUAGUAUUAUAAUAAGUUAUUAUAUCAGGGUCCGAUGAAGCCUUUUGGGUCAUACUUCAAUUGAAUCUUCUACAGAAAUAGCUAGUCUUAUUUGUCCGGUCCGUAGCGCUUAUAUUCAAUAACAAUGAAAGUACAGUAAACAGCGGAGCGAUCUUUUCCGCCCCUUCGGGUGGCGCCAAACCACGUGACCCUGCAGCCUGAUCGGACCCCCUCCCAUCUCCGCGCGCAGGUUGCGUCACGAUCACAGCGCGUCGCGUCGCGUCUUCUGCGGUUUGGUCCCGGUGCAGGUGCUCAGGAUGGCGCUCAUCUCCAUCGAAGACCUCGCGGAGUUAGACGACGAGCAGCUGGAGGAUGACAUGACGGACGGCUCUGAACCAAUGGAAGACAACAGCGAGGAGAGGCUGUACGCCCACUGGCAGGCUGUGGCCAGCACGCACCAGGUCUCCGUCCCGCGAGAAAUGACAGGUCCAAUUCAGGAGAUGACGAGAAGGAACCAGGAGCGGGAACAAGUGCCAUUCGUUCCUGUGUCUCGGCAUGAGAAGCUGGGAGAGACAGUAUAUGAGGAGAGGGUGUACCCGCCAGGCAAGUGGGCCUGCGUCACCAGGGCGGAGAAGCUGUACGAGCAGAGCAUCUCCAUGGGCUUCAUGAAACUCAUGCGCUACAUCUGCAAGGAGAACUCUCUGGGCCGCUACCUGGGUAUGACCGUGCCCGUUGUGACCGAGAUUCAGAUGCUCGAGGAUGGCAGUGGAUUUGUCAAGGAUGUGAUGACUGCAUACUACCUGCCGGCGGCGUUCCAGGACAAUCCACCUGAACCCAUGGACCCCGACAUUUACAUUGUCCAGCGAGAGUCGCUGCGAGUCACCACCAGGGUGUUCCGCGGCACCACCACGGAGGAGACCAUCAUGAACCAGGUCGGCCAGCUCUGGGAGCUACUGGGCAACACUGACACGCUGCGCCGUGACGCCUACAUAGUGGCAGUGUUCGAGAACCCGGGUGUGUCCUGCCGCAGGAAUGAGAUUUGGUUCCUCCAUCGUGAUCCCUAGGACCUGAUCCAGCCAUAGCAGUUACUACUGAUGUUCCCACCAUCACAGGUCACCGCUGCCAACACCUCUACCCCCACUGCUUCCCAUAAUCCACAGCAUGAUGCCUCCAGUAACACAGAGUUGUACAAUGUAUAGGUUCAAACAGCCAGUGUGUCUGCUUAGACUCUUAAAAGGUGUUGUCCUGGCUCAGUCUCUCUAUAACGGAGCAGGAAAUAAGACAACAGUUUGCUUCUGCCUGACUUCUGUUUUUCACACGAUACAUAUUUGGGGAAAUAACUCUCAUAUGUAGGGAAUUUGAUGACCCUGUGAUCUUGCAUGUUACUAAUCCUCUGCUGUAAUUUUUUUUUUUUUUUUUUUGUAUAACCAAGCAAUCUUAACAGUACUCAGCGCCCAAAUUUGAUUGAAUAAAUGCUUCGUUAAGCAAACAAACAAUGGUAAACGAAGGAUGAAGUAGCUGCAGUUACAAUGUAUAGCAAGCAUGUGGGGCCCAAGUUUGACUACUGGAUUCCACUGGUUUUUGUCCUACCUCAGCUUUAAACUUUAUUCUGUUUCAUCUUUAUUGUAGAGGAUGUCCGUUUCAAAUGGAAAAAGUAGAGUCUUGAGGACUUUCUGCUCCGAUACUUUGUCAUUCCUACGAUCGUGAGACAUGGAAAGGGCUGAAGCAGAUUUACAGUACAGUUGCACACUACUACAAACCCUGUCCAUUCCUUUGGAAGAAACAGGCAGGAAAUUACAGUAUAACAUGUAAGCUGUCUCACCUAUCAGGCAAAAGUUGAGUAUAAACUGCAGAUACUGUGUCUCAAGAGAUUAACGUUGAGGUGUAUUGGAAGUGUUCAUGUCUUAAUUCAUAUCAGUACCCCCCCCAACUUCUUACUAGCAUUGUAGGUGGAUUCAUUUGAAAAGUAAAUCUUUUUUUUGCACAAUGCUACUUUCCCUCAGUUCCAGAAGGUUCUUUUUACUGCCUACUUUCACUGCUGAAGUGGCUCUGUAAAGGUUUUGAACGAGUGAUCCAUUAAAUGCCGUUUCCGUUGUUAACCUCAUAUAAAAUAAUUUUCCACGGCAAAUAAUACUUUAGUUAACCUUUUCUAACGUUUGUGUAUGAGAAGGAACAACCUUAUAAAUGGUAAUCCUAUAAUUUGUAAAUAUUUAAUGAUUGUAUUUAAUAUAGCUUUUUUCAAUGAGUAAUGAAAGAAAGAUGUGUAUUUAACAAGAUUACAGCUCGUCUUUAACACAACUUUAUGAGAAGGGCAUUUAGUAGAAUUUGUAUUAUUUAUCUUUGGUCAUGGGACAUAGACCAUUCCAUUUGCAUUCAUUGUCCUAUGAAAGAAUAUUAGACAUAAGUCCAACGUUUAUACUGUGCCAGUAAUUGAGAGCCAAGACUUCUAUUAUUUCUUUAAAACUGGACCGUGAACGUGGCAUUUACAGUGACCUGCUCCAUGCACUUGAGUACAUUAAGAUGACUCACUUUAUAAUGACAAAAUAACACUUUGGAUAGUAACUGGCAUUAAAGUAUUUUUGACAUUCAUUUACUCACAGUGCUUUGUGUUGUGAAAAUUUUAUAUGGAAUGAACAAAGGGUUAAACAAUUUAAUUUGUACAAUCAUACCUACAGCAAGGUGCAGAAAGUGACAAUCCUUUUUACAAUCGCAGUUAAACUGAAAUGGUUCAGGAGCCUUUUGUGAAAUUAAAUAUUUAUUACACAUUAAAAAUUUUGUGUUCUUAAAAAGGAAAUAUUAUUGCUUUUAUGAUGCAUGUGGAUUUGCAAAAUGUGUUGAUGUACAUUAUUACAGUGGGCGUUGUGUGUGUGUGUGUUUAGUUUUUAAUAGAGAAAGGAAAAUAAUUGCACUUUUAAUUUGACGGUAUAUUGUCACCAACCAGCAGAAUCUGCCUUGUUUUUCCUUUUCAUAAUUGUUCCUGAAUUGUAUUUCAAAAAAGUGGCACCAUUGGAAAGUGUGGUAUUGUUUUCAGUCCAUUUUUUGAUACUGCUGCAAAAUUCUGUGCAGUAAUUUUUUCAACCUUUUAGUUUUGGUACAAAUGUUUUGUGUUCAAUAAAAUUUUAAUCCUU